AUGGAUGAGCAUCAAGCUCUGGGUGGCGGCCCUGGUUCACUCACAAUUGCAGAUACCAGGACAGGGCUUGAAUUUGAGCUUGAGAUCAAACAGGGUGGAAUUGUUUUGGCCAAAGAAAUGGUCAACAAGGCCACAGCACAAGAUGGUGAUCUGCUGCUAUUUGACCCCGGAUAUUUCAACACUGCAGUCACCAAGUUUGCAAUCUCGCUCGCCAAUGGGAAUGACGGGACGCUCAAAUUUAGGGGCUACCCAGUAGAGGAACUUGCACAACAUUGCACAUUCUUACAAGUUGCUUACCUUCUAAUCUAUGGAGAUUUGGCAUCCAAGGCCAAGCUUUCGAGAUUUGAGGAUAGCGUCAGGAAGGAAACUUGCUGUCACAAAGGAGUUCUGGGCCUGAUAAAGAGUCAGCCAAAGAAUGCACACGCAAUGGGGUUGCUGGCAACUGCUAUUAGCUCCAUGUCUUCGUUUUACCCACAGCCUGAUGUGGGUGCAUACCAGGACAAACAUGUCCAAGACCAGCUCAUUGCACGCGUACUUGGUCAGAUACCUAUUUAUAUCGCACAUAUAUUCCAGCAUGCAGAGGGUAUGGUUCUGCCAAAUCCAUCUUCUGAGCUUCCAUACGUUGCCAACUUUCGCUACAUGCAUAUGUUCCAUAAUACCAGCCCAACAAGGUCUUCUCCGCUAUUGGCUCGCAUUCUUGAGAGGCUGCUCAUUGUGCAUAUGGAACAUGAGCUUAGCUGUUCAUCUGCUGCUAUACGACACCUUGUGUCAUGUGGCGUGGAUCUAUACACUUGUUUAGCAGCAGGAGUUGCAACACUAGGAGGCCCGUUUCACGGAGCUGCAAAUGAGGCAUGUGCAAACAUGAUUCAGGAGAUUGGAACCGUCGACAAUAUCCCAGCCUAUCUAGAGGCUGUAAAAAACAAGAAGAAGAAGUUGUUUGGAUUUGGCCAUCGAAUCCAUAAGGCAUAUGAAAUACGUGUCAAGGUAAUUCGGCAGCUGGCAGAGGAUGCAUUUGAGAUUGUAGGGCAUGACCCGCUCAUCAAGGUGUCAGACGCAUUAGCAGAAGCCGCUCUCUCAGAUGAGUACUUCAUCAAGCGGAAACUUUAUCCCAAUAUCGACUUUUACUCUUGGAUUGUUUUCAAAGCUCUUGGAUUUCAAGGAAACUUUCCACUCCUGUUUGCAUUGGCUCGUGUUGUUGGCUACCUAGCACACUGGAAAGAAUGCCUUGACUUGCGUGACAACAAGAUUGUGAGACCUCGUCAAUUGUACAUUGGUGAAUGGCUUCAGCAUUAUUAAUGACAAUAAUAAUUACCCUUUUACCCAUUAAAUUCUGGAGUUUGUCGCAUGUGAUUUGACCGCAUGGGCCUUGGGAAACAUCAACAAGGAGAUCAAGAUCCAGUUUAUCAACCAGAAACAUUACCACCAUAUAUAUAUAUAUAUAUAUAUAUAGCCCAACUAAGAAGCAUGGGAACCUACCUACAUGGAAUGCAAUGAAAGUUAUCUUCUCUCUA